CCCGUAGCAUGCAUGAUUGUAUUUCUCACUCCUUUUAUACAGGGAUGUAAUCAGAUCAGGUCAGACCAGAUUUUUCCGUUAAAAAUAUCCCCUAGAAACCAAGAUGGUUAAACAAAUGCAUCCAGAAAAUAUUUUAACCUUCAGAAUUUGCUAGUUUUAAAUGUAAUGUUGAACAUAAUUUCUAAAAUAUGUGAGUAUUAUUUGUUUGAAAAUAAAUAAUCAGUGGACAAGUUUGUCGUUUUAGAAAAUAAAAUAUUUAAUCCACCUAGAAAUAGACAUUCCGACCUUUCUAAUCAUUAAAUUGCACAAAACAGUUCAAAUGUGCCAAUCAAGCCAUGAUUGCCAACCUAGAAAUACAAAUAUUCCCUUUACUGCUUGGAUUUUGAUAUCUUUCAUUUUCUUUGCUAGAAGGCAUUCAUAUCUUUGUUGGUCCUAGUAGCUACUUCAUCCAAAUCAUAUCUUUUUAGGAUGUACUAGGAUCCUCGGUUAGAUAUAUAUAAGUGGUAUAAGGUUUUAUGUACAUUUCACGGUUUGAACCAUUCCGAAAAAUUUCAGCCGGUAAGAACAUUUACCAGGAGGGGUCGGUAAAACGGGUUAACGGGCAGUAAGUCGGUAACCACGAUAAGGAAUUCUCUCUAAUUUGUCCGGUAACCAAAACCUUGGUGUUUCUCAGUCUAAUGAGAAGUAAACUGAAUGCUUUUUUUCAAGUAUACAAAAGAACUCCCAUGAUUAUCAUUUUUUUACUUAAAAGGAUUAUCAACUUGGAAAUAAAAACUGGUCUAGUGAGAACAUUUCCUAUUACUAUUGCAUUUUGCUCUAUAUUUUCUGCUCUUCCACGUGGGUACUCAAUGCUCAGUAUCUGUGUCAGCGCCAGCCGUACUUACACUUUCUUUUACGGCCACUUACACUUCAUUUAUAGGCGUAGUACUAUCUUGGCUGAAUAUAUGCUUAAACAGGACGACUUGGGCCGAGCAUGAAAGGGAGAGGAGACAUCAUGAUCAACGGCCGGCGUGAGAAGCUUGCAUUUGGCACCUCCGCAUACGUGACCCAAGAGAGCGUGCUGAUGACGACGCUGACGGUGGCGGAGGCCGUGCGCUACUCGGCGCAGCUCCAGCUGCCGGACUCCAUGUCUCCUUCGGAGAAGCGGUCGCGCGCCGACGAUGCUAUCAAGCAGAUGGGGCUCGCCGCGGUAGCCGACAACCGGAUCGGCGGCCGCGUCAGCAAAGGCAUCAGCGGCGGCCAGCGGAAGCGGGUGAGCAUCUGCAUCGAGCUGCUGGCUUCGCCCUCGCUCAUCUUCCUCGACGAGCCGACAAGCGGGCUCGAUAGCGCCGCGUCCUACCACGUCAUGAGCCGCAUAGCCCGGAUUGCCCAAAGGGGUGGGAUGACGGUCGUCGCCGCCGUCCACCAGCCGAGCACGGAGGUGUUCGAGCUCUUCCAUGGCCUCUGCCUGAUGGCCAACGGAAGGACGGUUUAUUUCGGUCCAUCAGCCAAAGCUAUAGAGUUCUUUGACUCUAAUGGAUUCCCAUGUCCAAUGAGGAGGAAUCCAUCUGACCAUUUCUUAAGAAUGAUAAACACGGACUUUGAGGAAUAUGAGGAAGGAUCUACUAUAAAUGUGCCACACGCUGCCAACGUAAUCCAAACUUUGAUGGCCUCAUCCAACUCUCUUAGUAUAUUAAGUUCUGAAGUGGAAGGUGUGUCUAUAAUUCAGAAAAGACAAGCUACAUUCCUUACCAAAUCAGUUACGCUAACCAAAAGAUCGAUGAUUAACAUGUACAGAGACCUAGGCUACUAUUGGUUACGCUUUGUUAUCAACAUCGGUCUUUUUCUAACCAUUGGGACCAUUUUCUUCAAUGUUGGUUACAGCUAUGAAUCAAUACAAGCACGAGCAUCCAUGCUUAUGUUUACUUCUACCUUUGUGACAAUGAUGGCAAUUGGAAGUUUUCCAUCAUUUGUAGAGGAUAUGAAGAUAUUUCAGAAAGAAUGGCUUACUGGACACUAUGGGGCUACCGAAUUUGUAAUAGCCAACACACUUUCAUCAACUCUAUUCUUGGGCCUCAUAUCCAUACUACCUGCUGCAAUAGCAUAUUACCUAGUUGGGCUUCAAAGAGGAAUUGACCAUUUUUCCUUCUUUGCUGCAACUCUGUGGGCAUGCAGUAUAUUAGUCGAGGGUAUGAUGAUGAUUGUUGCAGCAAUCGUGCCUGAUUUUAUCCUAGGUGUAGUCACAGGUUCUGGUAUACAAGGUUUAUUGAUGCUAAAUGCUGGUUUCUUUAGGCUUCCAAGUGACCUUCCAAAACCAGUAUGGAAGUACCCAACUUAUUACAUCUCAUACCACAAAUACAAAACUCAAGCAUUGUACAAAAAUGAAUUUUUGGGCUUGGUGUUUGAAAGUAUAGGUGGUGCUGGAGGGUUCAACAUUAGUGGUCAGCAUAUACUGAAGAACAACUUACAGGUGGAGAUGGGCCACUCUAAGUGGGUUGAUCUUGCAAUAUUACUUGGAAUGAGUAUCCUCUACAGGUUUCUUUUCUUGAUUAUUAUAAAGGUUUCUGAAAUUGCAAAGCCCGUGAUAAAACGAUUUAUAGUAAAAGUGUAAAUUAUUUUGUUUCUUUAAGUUAAAAUUAUACUUUUGUAAUCCCAUCAUAAUGUAAU